UGUGUUACUCAGCGCGAGGAAAAUAAAGAUAGAUUAAACAGACAAGACUGAAUUAACAAAAAUUUUUCACAGCUGUGGGUGGAUCCCAAAUAGCUCCCUACUUCCUGUUUAAGUGCACUACUACUAUAAUAUCGGCCAUGAAACAAUGGCUUUUACGCCCUACCCAGUGCACUCCUUUUCCACAGCGGAUGUGUUUGGGAUUAGUCCUCGGUUUUGGAUGUGUUGAAGGGGGAACUCCACAGUGCUGUUGGGAUUGUGGGUCAUGUGACCAGUAAUUGCGUCACUGGCAGUUCAAGGUUGAAAGUCAAAACACACACACACUGCAGUGAAGUGUUAUGGCGCUUCUUGUGGGGUCCAGAGUCGUUUUUCAGUCGUUUCGACCCCAAACCUCGACGACUCUUGACUACUUUUGCAGAUUUCAAGAUGUUAUGCAACGCGUUGCAGCCGGAAGUGGUGGACGCGCGCGCUGGGCAGGGAAUGGCGGCUUGCGGCAGUUUAGCUCCGAUGCUAAUGACCUGAGCGUUAGGUAUUUGGACGGAGAUGACUCAGGUAUCGUCGUCUUUGGCAUUAAUCGACCGAAAGCUAAAAAUGCUAUCAGUAAAAAUCUUGUUAAGGAGAUGUCUGAAGCUCUUGAAUCAGUGAAAAAGAACAGUAAGGUGCGCUCUGUCAUCUUGUGCAGCAUUGUACCUGGAGUCUUCUGUGCAGGUGCUGACUUGAAAGAAAGAGCCAAAAUGCAUCAAAGUGAAGUUGGACCGUUUGUCUCGAAAGCAAGGGCACUUAUUACAGAAUUAGGUAAUCUACCCAUGCCAACUAUCGCAGCUAUUGAUGGAGCAGCGUUGGGAGGAGGACUUGAGAUGGCUCUGGCCUGUGACAUAAGAAUAGCAGCUACUUCCGCGAAAAUGGGACUGGUUGAAACGAAACUAGCCAUCAUUCCGGGGGCAGGGGGAACUCAGCGUCUCCCACGGACUAUAGGAGUGUCCCUGGCUAAGGAGCUGAUCUUUGCUGCACGGGUGGUUGAUGGUGCUGAGGCAAAGACUCUGGGGCUGGUGAACCAUGCUGUGGAGCAAAACAAGAGCGGCGACGCAGCUUACCUGAGAGCUCUGGAGCUUGCCCGAGAGUUCAACCCACAGGGGCCGAUCGCGGUCCGGAUGGCCAAGCUGGCCAUCAGCCAGGGCAUAGAGGUGGAUUUAACGACAGGAUUAGCGAUUGAAGAGGCGUGCUAUGCUCAGGUUAUCCCAACAAAGGACAGGCUCGAAGGCCUGGCAGCAUUCAAAGAGAAGAGACCCCCUCGCUAUAAGGGCGAAUAAUUUGGAAAAAGUCCUGAGCACAGCUGAACAGCUGCCUUCUGGAUUUCCUUUCACUGCUACUGACAGAAGUUGUAGAGAAAGCACCAACCCGCUGCCCUGCGUCUGCCUGACCAGCUCUUGGCCCUCUGUCAGAAACGGACCAGUGAUCUCACUCACAAAGACUUGAGCUGAUGGAGGGAGAGAAGGAGUGUCUGUCCAUAACAUGUCCCUCACCUGUGAAUGAAACUGCAUGGUGUGCCUUUCUGUCCUUCAUUUAUUCAAUACAGAUCACUCUUUUCACCUUC